UCUCUUUUUGUGCUGGAAUAAAAAUAUAUUUUGUUCAACUGUUAAUUGAUUAUUAUCUUAUUUACGAAAUAUUUCGGAAUUUAACUUACUAUUUACCCGUGUAAAAAUGUGUGUAUAUUUUGACUUACAAGCAUAUCUCGCUCUAUUUGACCUUUUCCGGUUAAGUGGUUGACUCUUUAGUCAUAUGAGACAGAGAUUAGAAAGUGGGAAAUGAUCACAUGGCCAUCUCAUCUCUUAUGUCUGUUUCCACUUUGGAGUUGUUGUAUUUGAUUCCAGUUUCUUUGUUUAUUUUCUGAUGCUUUUGGGACAUAUUCUAUUUUCCAAGAUGUAGUGUUCCUGAGAAAACUAAAACAAAAAAUUCAUUUUAAACAAUUAUUAAUAUCUCAAGGGUUCCUUUCAACAUGACUUUGGUUGUCAUGCGAACCAAUCCAAGCAUUCGACACAGGCUCGAAUCAAGACCGUUUUCGAACUAAUUCAUUGUUCGGACUGGCCCCUGAAAAUAGUUUUCAUAAUGCUAGCCACUACUCUAGCCUGUUAACAAAAAAAGUACGCUAUAAAUAUAUACUUCUAGAUAUAGCUCAAAUUAUAUUUUAUAAACUGCUAUUAUUUGAAGUUCAUGCACUUAAUAUUGUUUUCGGCAUAGGUGGUUAACAUUUAACAUGGUAAACCGUAACAGAUGAUAGGUCCAUCCAAACUCGAAUCAGUGUGAUAUAUUUUUAGGCUAAUCCACUAUAUAACACUAGAUACGUUCUUCCGAACUGAUCGGAUGGACAUAUCAAAAAAAAUCUACAAAACAACUAAUUAAGGAAAAAUAUUUAGACAUGAUUAAAAGAGGAAAUGUAGGAAAGCUUACUAAGACACAGCUGGAGAGUGUCACUACAAUGUAUGUGAAGAUUAUAUUACCAUCUUUCCAUAACAAUAGAAAAUAUAAUAUACAGUAUUAAUUACUUGGCCUAUUAAUUGUUAUAAUAUCUUAACAUAUCAGUUAAUAAAUAUACAUGUAUAUAGUGAGUUUUAUAAAUUAAAUAGUUACUUAUCCACACAUAAAAUAACAUGUCAGAAAAACAAAAAAUAAAGAGUAAACUCAAAUAGUUAGUUAAAGAAACAUAUCUUUAGAAGAAAAACUAUUAAUGCAUAGUAGUUUGUAUGGUUUCAUUUUAUCCUCGGAGAUUGUAUACCUUUAAGAGUUAAACAAACAAUAAUGAAUCUUCUGCAUAAAUAGGGUCUCCUCAUGAGGUUGUCUUUGAGAGGAAGAUCACUGAGAGGUCUAGUGUCGGAUUAGGUGUUGUCCAAACGAAAAAAAGUAUGAUGAACAAUAAUAAUAUUGUCCAUAUUUGCGACACCUGCAGGCGACAGUUCCCAACCCUUAAGGCCCUAUACGGUCACCAAAGAGUCCACACGCGUGAAAGAGAGUUGGAGAGGCAGCUGAAGAGGACGAAGCCAAGCUAUCCUCCUGGACAAGGCACUAGUUAUGGAUUUUCUCCAGGGACACCCUUAGUCACUCACAACCAUAACCACCCUACUUUCUCAAAUUUUAAUCGCCCGGGGAUCUCUUUUGGUCCUUUUAAGUCUGGAGGAGGCGGUAACAGCCGUGGCUACCCAUUGUUCAAUCAUGGAAACACCAUGGCUCCUCCUGCGAAUCCAUACCGUUCUCUCACACAGAACACUAGCUAUGGUUCUUCUUCAAGAGUUCCCUUACCAUCUUUCAGGUAUAAUAACUCUCUUGGUUCAGCCAAUUCCAUAGGAAGAUUCAGCAACAACAAUAGCUCACAAGGUGAAUUAUCACUUGAGCUCUCUCUUGGUCCAUCUAAGUCCAUGGGUGACAGCAACAGCAACAGUAGCUCACAAGGUUCAUUAUCACUUGAACUCUCUCUUGGUCCAUCUAAGUCCAUGAGUGGCAACAACAAUAACAGCAGCGCUUACGCAUCUCUUAAUUGCGGAGUCACUGGAGGAGGAAACAUGUACACGAACAUGCCAGUGCGUCCUCGUGUGCCUGGGUACCAUUUUUACAGAAAUAACCCGAUUGAUUCAAUCACUAGAAACGUUCCUCUCUCUCAUCCUCCUCCAACCACGAACACGAUGAACAGGCUAGUGCGUCCUCGUGCGUCUCGGUUCCAUUUUCACGGUCAUAACCCGCUUGACUCAAUCAUUAGAAACGUUCCUCUCUCUCAGCCUCCUCCAACCAUCAAUAUUCCUGAUGAUAAUAAUGUUUCGGGCACUAGCCUCAUUGUAAAGGAGAAAGACAAAACCGUGGUGCUUGACGAUGAUGAGAAAGAUGACGUGGUGAUUGUAGAUCAUGAUGAGGAUCAGCAGGAAGAGGUUGAAGCUAAGAGUUGUGGUCGUGAUUCAAUCAUUAGAAACGUUCCUCUCUCUCAGCCUCCUCCAACCACGAACAUGAACAAGCUAGUGCGUCCCCGUGCGUCUCGGUUCCAUUUUCACGGCCAUAACCCGCUUGAUUCAAUCAUUCAAAACGUUCCUCUCUCUCAACCUCAUCCAACCACCAAUAUUCCUGAUGAUAAUAAUGUUUCGGGCACUAGUCUCAUUGUAAAGGAGAAAGACACAACCGUGGUGCUUGACGAUGAUGAGAAAGAUAACGUGGUGAUUGUAGAUCAUGAUGAGGGUCAGCAGGAAGAGGUUGAAGCUAAGAGUUGUGGUCGUGGCUCAAUCAUUAGCAACGUUCCUCUCUCUCAGCCUCCUUCAACCACCAAUCCUCCUGAUGAUAAUAAUGUUUCGGGUUCUAGUCUCAUUGCAAAUGAGAAAGACAAAACCGUGGUGCUUGAAGAUGAUGAGAAAGAUAACGUGGUGAUUGUAGAUCAUGGUGAGGAUCAGCAGGAAGAGGUUGAAGCUAAGAGUUGUGGUCGUGAUUCAUUUAUUAGCAACGUUCCUCUCUCUCAGCCUCCUUCAACCACCAAUCUUCCUGAUGAUAAUAAUGUUUCGGGCUCUAGUCUCAUUACAAAGGAGAAAGACAAAACCGUGGUGCUUGACGAUGAUGAGACAGAUAACGUGGGGAUUCUAGAUCAUGAUGAGGAUCAGCAGGAAGAGGUUGAAGCUAAGAGUUGUGGUCGUGAUUGAUUAUUUAUCAUCUUCCCUUUGUGUUUUUUUUUUUUAGUUUUCUAUGCAUUGUUUAGUAUUUGGUAUCUCAUAACUAUUUGAGGCCUUUUUUUUUCUUCACCUCAUUCUUCUCACUGAAAUUGUUUUCUCGUUUUUUUAUCCUCCUUAUUGUCACCUUUAGCAUUUAAUUAAUAUUUGAAUAAUUCCUGAAUCCAGUUUUUUUCUAUGCCUAUAUCUUAUGAUUGUUCUAAAUUUUCUGCAAAUCUAUGAAGUCAUAUUCUAAAUAUUCAAAGCAAACUUCAUCAUUUAAAUGUUAAAGAGAUCCAGCAUUUUGCUUGAAAUCCUUUCCUCAAGAAUACAUCAAAUAUUUGUAUUGGUUGUUUACGUUUGCAAUGAAAAAUUGACAAACAAAGCUAUACAAAAAGUAGGAGAAAUAUUAGGGUCUUCCAACACUGGAUGUAAACCACCCUAUCCAAUGUUUUACACGUUUCAUCAUCUUUCAUGAUAUUUUGACAGAAUGAUAUAGUAGUUAUCUUAUUUAUCACAUUGUGGAAAUAAAACAUGUGAUUAGUCCUAUUCACAAUUUACAUGGAACGCACAAUGUGUAGUGAAAGUUAAUAUCAUUUUUUCAGCCACGUUCAAGAUUACAAAAGAGAAUUGGAUCAAAGCAAAAUCAUACAAGACACCACCGUCAAAAACAUACAAGUGGUUUAACCACCUUCAUUGACAAAAUAGAUUGUUGAGCCAAGUAGGGAAGCUUGAAUCAACAUAUGAUUGCAUAUGAUCCUCUCGAGUCACACUUUUCGGCCACAAAUAAAUGCUAGUAGUCGAUAACAUUAUUUACACGACCACCAUAAUCAAAACAAAAUUAUACUAGAUUUUGACCCGCACAACCGUGCGGGUGUUUCUUUUCAUAUUAUUUACAUAAAUAUUUAUUUUUACAUCAUUUAUAGUAUAUAUAUUUUAACAUAAUCAUCUCUUUUAUGUUUAUAUGACUCUUUUAGAUACAAAUUUUUUAUAGUUUACAUAUUAGUCCAUCAAUUAAUUGUUUUAAACCAUUACAUGUAUAUGUGGCUUUUAUUAUAUAUUUAUUUUAUUAGAUUUGUGAACUAAUAUAUGCAAAAUUAAAAAAAAACAUUUGUAUUUAUCUCAUAUAUUAUUGAAAUCAAUUAUUUACCAGUAAUUUUUUAAUUAAAAAUAUAAGUAACAAAAAUAAAUAACUUAUUAUUUAGUAAUUUUAUUUGUAUUUAUAAAUUUUAAAAUAUUCAUCUACACUAAUACUUAAACAUUAUCACUAUUGAAUAUUUAACAAAAAACACUGAUAUAUGUUUCUAAUAUGUUAAAUGGAAAGCUUUUCAUGUAUAAUCUACAUACAAUUCAUGGUGAGAUGAAAGUAUUUUCUAGUAACUACCGAUGGACUCCAUCAACUUAAUCGUUUGUUUGUAUUUAAGUCAUGAAAGUAAUAAUAUGCAAGGUGUUCAAAAAAUCAACAAUAUGCAAAACUUCUUUUGGUUGUGCCUAAAAUAUACAAAACUUCUUGAAGAUUUGUUUUUUUAAUAUUUAAAUCUAAAACUGAUGCUCUCUCUCCAACAUGAUCAGUCUUUGGAAGAGGCAAAGAUAACACAACUGUAGUCACUUGUAGGAGAAAACUCUUUCAGACUCUGAUGAUGAUGAGAUUAAUACAACAUUAUUUUCUUUUGGCAAGGACUCCCUGUAAAAAGAAAAAGAAUCACAAUAAUAUAAUCAUUAAUCAACAAAAACAAUGGAAACAAAAAGCAAACAAAAUCUCUCUCAAAGAAAAAAGUAAAAAAAUGAACUGAACUUGCCCACCGUCCGAGUAUCUUCCAUCAUAGCUAUUGAAACGUUAAGACCUAUCUUCUUACAUUACAUGAAUCUAGCACAAUCUUUUCUCCUCAGGUUUGAUCAUGGCAAUUUGUCACUAAUGUUCUACACGAAACACAAAAGUUAAAACAAUCACUAAGAUAACACCUAAAAUCCAGACAAACUCGUUGAAUGAAAAUAGUUCAUGAGCAAUCAUAAAAUGAAUACUCACCCAGAAAUCAAACCGACAUUCAACUAAUAUGAUGUGAAAUAUAUAUUAUCUCGAGA